AGAAAAAUCUAUAUAUCAUCUGAGUUAAAAAUUUAUAAAAUUUGAUUGAACGGCAUGCAUACUUUCUGAGAGAGAGAACGUAUUAUCAAAUUUUUAAAAAGAUUAAAAACUCAUUUUUAAAAUAUCUAUCAGAAAAUUCAUUAAUUUAAUCAAAUCAUCACACAAUAAUAUAAGUAAAUUCCUAUAAAAUUCCUAUUGAAAGAAUAAAUCAGUUUUAAUCUUGUUUUUAUUAGAUUUUUUUUACGAUAUGAAAAGCUAUAAGGAUAACGUAUACUCUUACAGAUGUCAGUUUGUAUACAGUAUAUAUAGAGAGUGAUCGACGUAGACAGACUGAGUUCCUCAUGAAAAGGCAGUAUUGCAAGAGCUUUCAUACCGUUCGGAGUGAUCUAACUCAUGUUCCAGAACGAGCACGCGGUAACUGUUUAAGUAAUUGAGAAGCAAAGAUCAUAAGAUAAAAUGUCUCAGGACAUCACACAGUCAUACGGAGUCAUAAAUGGAUUUACACGGGAUGAUAAGAUGAAUCAAUCCAUUCGAUAUGCAUCGGCUAGCGAAACUGGAUUCGAUGGACCUGAUCAAGUAUUAUCUGCAGAUACGGAUAUCACAUGUGAAGCCAAUGGCAGAAUACGAAUCAAGUUGGAUAGCAAUGGAUGCAAUUCAUGUAUGCCACUGUCAAUUCCUGGAGUUUUUACUAAAACAGCGAAACUUUAUCCCGAUCAUAUUGCGUUGGUCUCUAGACCUGAUUCCAACGGCAAAAGAACUACAUAUACUUUCCAAGAAUAUGAAUCUAUUGUAAGAACUGUCGCGAAAGCAUUUCUAAAACUAGGCUUGGAGCGAUAUCACAGCGUUUGCAUAAUAGGUUUCAAUAGUCCAGAAUGGUUUAUUGCCGACCUCGCGGCUAUAUACGCAGGUGGUUUCGCUGCGGGAAUUUAUACCACGAAUUCUCCGGAAGCGUGCGAAUAUUGCGCGGAGCAUAGUAAGGCAAAUAUUAUAGUCGUAGAAGAUACGAAACAACUAAAGAAAAUCUUGCAAAUAAAGCACAAUUUGCCCUUCCUGAAGGCAAUUAUUCAAUACGAUGGCAUACCUACCGAAAAUGAUGUUUUGAGCGUGCGUAGAUCAAUUACUAUAUACUUUUUUGUAAUUACUUACAUGAAUCAAAUAUCCUUGAAUCGUCAAUGUCUAGUUGAUAUCAUAGCAAAUAUAUACAUGGCAACUACGGUAUACUUCACUGAUCAAAACGCGCUAAAGGGUACGUUGAUAAAUACAUUGGUUGUGGCGCAACCGACUCUUUUCCUAGGGGUGCCUAGAGUAUGGGAGAAAAUACAAGAGAAAAUGCAAGAGAAAGCGCGUAGCAACGGCGCGAUAAAAAUCUGGAUUGCUAAAUGGGCAAAAGCGCAAGGACUUCAUUAUUACACGAAUAAACUAAACGGUGUAGAUUAUAAACACUGGGGCUAUAUCUUUGCGAAAUGGCUUGUUUUUAAUAAAGUAAAGACAGCAUUAGGUCUAAAUAAAUGUCGAGUAUACGUUACUGCAGCAGCACCCAUAAAUAUAGAUGUUAAAAGAUAUUUCAUGAGUUUAGAUAUGCCUCUAGUAGAGGCUUAUGGAAUGUCCGAAAGUGGUGGUGCUCAUACACUAAUCAAUUAUAAAGAAUACAGUUUGAAUGGUGUAGGACACCCUUUACCUGGAACAUAUACAAAAUUAGACAAUAUAGAUGAACAUGGUGAAGGAGAGGUUUGUAUGGGUGGACGACAUAUAUUUAUGGGUUAUUUAAAUGAUCGAGAGAAAACCGCAGAAACUAAAGAUAAAAAUGGCUGGUUACACAGUGGUGAUCUUGGCAAAUUUGAUUCCAAAGGAAUUUUGCAUAUUACUGGUAGAAUAAAAGAACUUAUAAUAACAAGUGGAGGUGAAAACGUUGCACCAUACAAUAUAGAGCAAGCGAUUUUGUCGGAAUUACCAUAUUUAAGUAAUGUCAUGGUAGUUGGAGAUAGAAGAAAAUACUUAAUAGUCCUUGUCACGCUUAAGAGCGAUAUGAAUGAAAAUACUGGUGAACCUUUAGAUACGCUAAACCCAGAUGUAUUAAAAUGGGCAAAAUCUAUUGGUAGUCAUGCCACAACUGUUAAAGAAAUCAUAAAUACUCGUGAUCCACUCAUAUAUGAUGAAAUCAGCAAAGCAAUUACUAGAGCAAAUAUGCAAGCUAUAAGUAAUGCUCAAAAAGUCCAAAAAUUUGAAAUUCUUCCUCAUGACUUUUCAAUUCCAACUGGUGAAUUAGGACCUACAUUAAAACUCAGAAAGAACAUAGUUUUAAAGAAAUAUGCUGAUCUGAUAGAUAAAAUGUAUCAAUGAAAUUAUAUAUUAAUAUCA